GAGAGGAGACGCCCAUUGCCAGUGAGGACUGGGGAAGUCAGGAAGCAGCUGUCAGUCUUUUGGACGCCUUCGGUUUCUGCCCAGUACAUUUCCCUUCCGCUAUUGUCUGGGCUCCACCUCCGACCCCCAGCUGCGACCAGCUGCAGCAGGCGGACCUAUCGUGGCCGGGGCUAGCGCCGGCCUCCUACCGCUUCCUCCGCCGCUUUCCUUCUCCGCUGCGCCUGCGCGACCGGAAAAUUCGCGAAGGUUCCUGAAACGCCACUGAUCGUUUCCGGAAGCCGGCAGUCGCGGCGGUCGUCAGACAGGUGCUAGCGACACGGGAGUGGCCAAGGCAUCCUCUUGCCGUUCCCGGUGUUUGGGCCUUGCGUGUGACGGAGGGAACGGAAAAUGUCCUUGCUGUGCUACAACCGGGGCUGCGGUCAGCGCUUUGAUCCUGAAACCAAUUCUGAUGAGGCUUGCACAUACCACCCAGGUGUUCCAGUCUUUCAUGAUGCCUUAAAGGGUUGGUCGUGCUGUAAGAGAAGAACAACUGAUUUUUCUGAUUUCUUAAGUAUUGUUGGCUGUACAAAAGGUAGACAUAAUAGUGAGAAGCCACCUGAGCCAGUCAAACCUGAAGUCAAGACUACUGAGAAGAAGGAACUAUCUGAAUUGAAACCGAAAUUUCGGGAACACAUCAUUCAAGCCCCUAAACCAGUAGAAGCUAUAAAAAGGCCAAGCCCAGAUGAACCAAUGACAAAUUUGGAAUUAAAAAUAUCUGCCUCCCUAAAACAAGCACUUGAUAAACUUAAACUGUCAUCAGGGAAUGAAGAAGAUAAGAAAGAAGACAAUGAUGAAAUUAAGAUUGGGACCUCAUGUAAGAAUGGAGGGUGUUCAAAGACGUAUCGGGGUCUAGAGAGUCUAGAAGAAGUCUGUGUGUAUCAUUCUGGAGUACCUAUUUUCCAUGAGGGGAUGAAAUACUGGAGCUGUUGUAGAAGAAAAACUUCUGAUUUUAAUACAUUCUUAGCCCAAGAGGGCUGUACAACAGGGAAACACAUGUGGACUAAAAAGGAUGCCGGGAAAAAAGUUGUUCCGUGUAGACAUGAUUGGCAUCAGACGGGAGGUGAAGUUACCAUUUCAGUAUACGCUAAAAAUUCACUUCCAGAACUUAGUCGAGUAGAAGCAAAUAGCACAUUGUUAAAUGUGCACAUUGUAUUUGAAGGAGAGAAGGAAUUUGAUCAAAAUGUGAAAUUAUGGGGUGUGAUUGAUGUAAAGCGAAGUUAUGUAACUAUGACUGCAACAAAGAUUGAGAUCACUAUGAGAAAAGCUGAACCGAUGCAGUGGGCAAGCCUUGAACUUCCUGCAGCGAAAAAGCAGGAAAAACAAAAAGACGACACAACAGAUUGAGUGGGAGAUAGGAGGAAGACUAUUAACAUAUUUCAGAAUUCUUAAUACUGUGUGAAGUGGUGGCUUGCUGCUGUAAUCUUUUGUUGGUGUGUUACUGAAUCUGGCAUUUCAGGGUUAACAUUAGGUUCUUAAAAGCCAAAGUUAGUCUUUUUGUGCCUCUCAUCUUUCUUUUGUAUAAUUUAAGAUUGAUUAUUCAUUUCUCCUUGAUGGUAGGAACCACAGUUGUGUCCUGUACUUGAAGAGGCUGGAAAAUAGCCCAUAACCAUAAUUACAGUAUUUCUUUGUAUUUCUUUGUUAAGCAGAGAAAUAUUACGGAACAUGUUUUUUACGUCUUUCUAUUCCGUAAUUAGUAAAGCAAGAUGAAAUGUCAAAUUUUAAUCAUUUUUUUCAUGGAUUUGUGUUUUUACAGUACUUGAAAAUAUUUAAGGAAGAGAUGAUGCUCUGCGGUUUUUUUCUAUGUGGGAUGAUCACUUUUUUAAGGAGGAUUAAAUCUGGGAUAGUGUAGUAAGUAAAGGGGAAUAUAUGAAUAGUUUAACAAAUUAGAAUUUGUUUACAGCUACUUGAAUUUUUAAACUACGUCAAAACUUACAUUACUUACCAAGCAGUAUGAUGUAAGAGUAUAGGAAACAAGAAUACAGAGGUAUCAAUCUGGUUAAAAUUCACCAUUUUAUAACACUAAGCAAUAAUCUUAAAAACCUCUUUCCUGAAUAUUUAAAUGUGUUUGUAUGGUGUUAUGACUAAAUUGUUACUGAUUUAUAGAGUAAACCCUCUUAAAACCUUUAGUUAAAUAUAAAAAGAAAUUAUAUAUAUUUGUCUCCCUGAUGGAAAACUAUAUAAAAUUGUAGACUUAAAAAGUUUGUGAAAAUGCGUUAGGAUAUCAGAAAACUAAAUAUAUGGACUUGCUUUAUGACUGUCUAUUACAUGUUAAAUAAAAUAGCUCAAUUCUUUUGGAGUUUUUUUAAAAAGUAAUUCAUGAAGAGCUUCAUAAUUCCAGUGAUACAAUGUUGAUUAUAUAUUGUACUUUAUUUAUAUUAAAUAUAGAUAACACAGAACUAGAUUUGUUUGGAUAGGUUUUGAGGCAGCACAGAGCUCAAGAAGAAAAAUUAGGAAAUACUACGAAGGCCAAAAGUCUGGAAGAACUUAGAAAGUUUGGGAAUAAAUUAAACUUAUAUAGAUUUAAAAUGAAAAUAAAAGGGGUUUAUUUCCCAAACCCCUCAAGUCUUUUCUGUGGUUUUUUUUUUUUUUUUUUGUAUUUAUGGAAUUCUUAGAAAAAUUUACAAAAGUACUGUUUUCGUUAAUAAAGCAUAUAUAUCAUUCUGCUACCAUUAGAAAAUAACUUAGAUGUAGUUAAUAUAAUUGCUGAAAGGUAUAGCUUUGUUACAAAUAAAAACUAAAAGAUCUGGCAACCAGACAUUGAUGACGUUACGCCACCAUGACAAGAAACUCUGGGCAGUAAAAGUUGGACUCACUCUGCCCUGAGAUGUAUUUAAAUUUUUCAAGUUAUCUUUCAUGAUGCAGCAACUGUUUAGAGACAUGAAGUCUUUAUGGGUUGGGGGAAAGGUUGAUACUUAGUUUGAUUAAAGUUAAGGAUCAAUAUUGCCUUUUUAAAAUAUUUCUUUCUGAGGCUGUGUUCCCGUAAACAGUAUCUUAAUUUGUUAUAUGUGAUUGAAAUACUAUUUAAAGUAGUGAGUUAGUGUAACCUCAGAUUUGUUGCAUUGUUCAAAACAUUGAUUUUUUUAAUGUGUAUAUAUAUACACACACAUCUAUACACACACACACAUUAUCUAUAUAGCUUUUAUAUUUAGUCUGGUUACAUUAGUGACCAUGGUAUUUCAUUUCUUAUUUCUUAGGGCGCCUUCAAAUUUGUUGUCCAGAUAAAAAUCUGAAUGACAUUUAUCUUAAGACUCAUACGUAGAGGGAAGGGACACAGUUAUUGUUAGGUAGCAUAUGUUUUACUGUUGGUUUGUCAAAAAAGUUAAUAAAAAAUGCUUUACUGA